AUGGUCGCUGUGUAUCCACCGCGGCUCACCGCGGGUCCUCUCCUGCGGACUCGCUGCCGCUCGUCUCCCCGUGGCCGCUGCUGCUCGCGGCCAGGCGUUACUCCGCGCACCCUGCCGCUUCCAUACCGGGAACGGGACUUCUGUCUGCCUGCCUGCCAGUGUCGGUUUCGUUGUUUUCCGCACUACCAUGAACUGUACUCAACUGCGGCGUGUGGCCCCACGCUUCGACGACGCCACGUGGGUGGCCCCACGCUUCGACGACGCCACGUGGGUGGCCUCACGCUUCAACGACGCCAUGUGGGUGGCCCCACGCUUCGACGCCACGUGGGUGGCCCCACGCUUCGACGCCAUGUGGGUGACGCCACGUGGGUGGCCCCACGCUUCGACAACGCCACGUCGGUGGCCCCACGCUUCGACGACGCCACGUCGGUGGCCGCACGCUUUGACGACGCCACGUCGGUGGCCGCACGCUUCGACGACGCCACGUCGGUGGCCGCACGCUUCGACGACGCCACGUCGGUGGCCGCACGCUUCGACGACGCCACGUCGGUGGCCGCACGCUUCGACGACGCCACGUCGGUGGCCGCACGCUUCGACGACGCCACGUCGGUGGCCCCACGCUUCGACGACGCCACGUCGGUGGCCGCACGCUUCGACGACGCCACGUCGGUGGCCGCACGCUUUGACGACGCCACGUCGGUGGCCGCACGCUUCGACUCCUCCUCCACGCUUCGACUCCUCCUCCACGCUUCGACUCCUCCUCCACGCUUCGACUCCUCCUCCACGGCGCACGCCUCGACGGCGCACGCCUCGACGCCGCACGCCUCGACGGCGGCCGCACGCCUUGACGGCGGCCGCACGCUUCAUCGCAGCACGUCGGCGGCCGCACGCUUCAUCGCAGCACAGGACUGCGUGCUUCGAUUCAGGAGAGAAGUGCUGAUAUUGACACCAGAUCUUAUACCCACCACUUCUACUUUGGUAGCUUCAAUCAGGGGACCAAUAAUCAAGACUCAAAGAAGGAGAAAGAUUAGAGACAAUACAGAACCAAACAAUUGA